AUGAGCUUGACUUCGCGCGUGUUUGGCCUGUUUUCCACGACAGAGACAACCGUUCUGGACUCUCCUCCGACCGCGUCGUAUUCGAACACCACCAGCACCGGCGACCAUGUCUUCCAUGCGACGGGCCCGAUAAGGGCAGGCUCCAGCCAUGUACAAACUACACCACUCGAGGACGAGGAAGAGCCUCGUCCGCCAUAUCUCCAUGCCAUGCUUGCCGGAGGUACCGGUGGUACAUGCGGUGAUAUGCUCAUGCAUUCACUCGAUACGGUGAAGACGAGGCAGCAAGGCGACCCCCAUUUCCCUCCUAAAUAUGCCUCGAUGACCUCUUCGUAUGCGACGAUCUAUCGACAGGAAGGUAUACUACGAGGCCUGUAUGGUGGAGCUGUUCCGGCAUUUUUCGGCUCUUUUCCCGGCACUCUGAUCUUCUUUGGUGUGUAUGAGUUUACCAAGCGACGGAUGAUCGACGCUGGCAUCAAUGCCAAUGUGGCAUACCUGUCUGGAGGUUUCUUUGCGGACUUGGCCGCUUCUAUUGUGUAUGUCCCUUCGGAGGUCUUGAAAACGCGACUGCAACUCCAGGGACGCUAUAACAACCCCCAUUUCAAUUCGGGAUAUAACUACCGCUCUACUCGCGAUGCUCUCCGCACGAUCGUCCGCCAGGAAGGAUUCUCCGCGCUCUUCCAUGGAUACAGGGCUACCAUCUACCGUGAUCUGCCGUUUUCCGCCCUGCAAUUCGCAUUCUACGAACAGGAACAGCGUGUGGCGAAGGAAUGGGUGGGAUCCCGAGACAUUGGACUUGGACUAGAGAUCCUGACUGCGGCAACCGCCGGUGGAAUGGCGGGUGUGAUAACGUGCCCCAUGGAUGUGGUGAAGACCCGCAUCCAGACCCAGCAGAACCCCGAUAUCCAGAGCCCUGCGUCUUCAUCAAAACCUGCUGCGGAACAUGCGUCGAUCAAAGAGAACCCCCGACAGCAUACAUCAUCUCAGACUCCGUCGAGUCUGCGGACGCACUCACGGCCGAUCUCCACGGGGGGUGCGUCGACGUCAGUGGCCCCGCCAGGAGCGCCUCGCCUGGAUACCUCUUCUUUCUUGACGGGUCUCAAGAUGAUCUACCAGAGGGAGGGGCUUGGCGGCUGGUUCCGCGGCGUCGGACCUCGUGGAGUGUGGACUAGCAUCCAGAGUGGAACGAUGCUGGUCAUGUACCAAUACUUGUUGAAACAGUUGGAGUCCUACGACAUACUGGGGGAGAUGAAUCCUCUUUGA